AUGAGCUUUCUCAAACUGCGCCACACGCCCGACGACGAUAUGCACAAACGUCAACAUGGCAGUGACCAUAACUGCAGCUCUGUCCACAGUAGUUCCAAUAACGUCCAUCCGGCGCCCUCGUUUCCAACAUCAAACACUCUCGGGUUAUCUACUGCUACUACAACAACAACUACUACAACUGCAACUGCAAGUACCCGAGGUUCUUCUGACUUGACCAAGUCCUAUUACCACCUGCCAUCCGAUGCGGAGCUACUCGACCGCGCGCAAACGGCCCAUCGGGCCAUAGACUUUGACGCGCUGUCCGCUGGCCCCGAAGAGAACGGACCUUGGGAACGGGUCGAAGCAGCCGAUCGAUUCGUCAUUUUCCGACGUCACGUUUCGGCCAAAGCAAUUGAAAGCCGCGUUCCUGGACUCGAUGUCAUGUGUGCUGGCCGUUUGGAUGCGAGUAUCGAAGAGGUAGCAGCAGUGCUGCGCGCGAGGUCGGAAGUCGAUCUCGCAAGCACAAUGCAGGGGCUGUACAAGAAGUCGUUUAUCUUUGGGUCCCUCGAUCGAGAUAUCCCAUGUACACUGAAGCGAUCGUCGCCGCAACCUGACGACGACUCGGACGUAGAUGCUGGCGAACAGCUCAGUGUCAAGUCCAUUAGCUUCACGCGGUCGACGCCGUUUGCCCGGAACGAGCAAUGGUGUUUCUUGGACUUUUUCCAGCGCAAGCAAGCGCGAGACGGGUUUACCAUCUCGCAGCGAGCGCUGCCGCCAAUGGAACCCACACCCGGUCGCGUCGUUGGAGUCUAUGCCCGCGUGGAUCAACUGCACGGACUGAACGCGUCGAUCCUCGUGGACCACGUUCCAAACCGAAAAGCACUGCGCGUGGUGUACAAUGUCUGGUUUGAAGGGGUCUCGAAUUCCGAGACGGUAAUUGCAGGCAGUACCCGAAGUAUGUCGAGUCGAAGCUUUAGUCGACGACGGAGCUUUGGGUUGAGCAGUGCACUGUCGUCAACGAGUACUUCGAUUGUCAUUGAUAGCGAGACGACCGACUCGAACGCUCGAUUGCGUCGCCUCUUGUCGCUGGCGCGAGGCAUUACGAAACUCCCGCACCUCAUUCGCCGUCGUCGAUUUGGCGUCCAAGUGCCCGUGGACUUUGACAAAGUGCACGCAGCGAACACGCGGUGCCCGUGCUGCACACAUAGCUUAGCCCGUGUCAAGAUGUCGCUUUUCAUGGCGGCUUCGGCGAUUGCCAAGCGAAAGUUGCGGUCGUUUCGAAUGGACACGCGUCGGUGCUACCUCUGCGGAUACCUCGUGUGUCUUGACUGCUGGCAAGCGGAAUACAUGGAAAGCACCGUAGGGCGCGUGGCGUCUAUUGUGGUUUGCAAUCGAUGCUACGCGUGUGUUCAAGCUUGUGAUUACUCGGAAGUCUCUGCUGCCAACAGCAGUGCGACGCCCCGAAGGGCGCCAAAGGUGGUUGCUGAUAAACCCGAAGAGUCGGUAGCUCCUCUAUUAACGGCGUUCCUCGAAGCCUCGUUGAUGAACGCUUCGGCUGAUGCUUCGGAUCGAGCGGCGAUUCUGCUCGUGAUUCGACUACUUCUUCGACAAAGCAAAGCCAACUGCAUGGAACACUCAGGUCAGUGUGAUCAGAGUGACGAUGUGAUGCGUCGACAGAGCGCGCAGCAAACGGAUGGCGUUGCGGUGAAGCAACUGGCACAGUUUCUGAGCGACGAGAGCCAAUUGCCAGUGCUCAAGUCGUGCACUCUGGCGAGUGCAGAUCGACGGGAGUAUUUGAUUGAUCUACCGGACGACCCAGCGUCAAAGGUGCCGUGCAGUGUGGUUCCAAGCCACGAUUCCGAUCGCCUCAAGGUCGCUACCGACAAGGGGUUGCUCCAGCUGGCGCAUCACUUGGCCCCGCUACAGUCUCUCGAGUCGUUUGAGCACCUGUGCGACGUUCGCGAUUUGGAUCUGCUUUGUCAAUUGGCCGUACGGGCAACGGGGUUCAGCGACGCGUUUGUGACGGUCAUGGGCGUCCAGCACAACCACAUUCUAACGGCAACGAAUAAAGGGUUCCUACAUACUGCCCUCCCUCGGGAACAAACGAUUUGCCAACAUACGAUCAUGACGACGAGACCGUUUCUGGUCACGCACCCAGAGGCCGACGUGCGUUUCCAAGGAAACGAAGCCGUUCAAGUGCUCCCGAUUCGUCACUACGUGGGGUUCCCCGUCAUCGUGCGGACGUCAAGUGGUACUGAAGGACCAGAGACCGAGAUAUCGGUUGGCACGUUGUGCUGUACCGACUCGACCGUCCAUGCGGACUUGACGCGGUCUCAGUAUGCCACGAUGAAGCGCCUGUCGGACGUAGCGUCUCGACUGAUUCAGCUGAAGGGCCAACAACUUCAACAACGAGGCCCAGUGGCAACGGCGUGA